CGGCAGAGCCACCAAGCCAGCGGCAGGGCGUCGGGCCUCGCGUUUCAACUUCUGUUCGGUUCUCCUGUAAUGGAAAAUUGCUUUGCACAAAGCUAGAGGGUUACAGUUCUUUCCAGCGCCCCUCCCCCGCCCCUCCCUGGCCUCCUGGUCAGAGGGACAGCGCCUGCAGGACGCGAAGGAGGGUAUCACGGCUUCUUACUAUGUCCCUUGCUGCAGGCCCUGGGCCCGGGUGGUUACUCUUUUCCUUUGGAAUGGGACUGGUGUCAGGGUCAAAGUGUCCAAAGAAUUGUCAGUGUCAAGCCCAAGAAGUGGCCUGCACAGGGAUGCAGUUAACUGCUUACCCCUCCGACGUACCCCUGAGCACCCGGAGGCUGUACCUGAAUGACAACGCCAUCACUUUUUUGCCAGCGAUGAAUCUAGGACUCCUCAGUGACCUUGUUUACCUGGACUGUCAGAACAACCUCAUUCGGGAGGUGAUGGAUUACACCUUCAUCGGGGUCUUCAGGCUCAUCUACCUCCGUCUCAGCUCCAACAACCUCAUGCUGGUCUCCCCACACAGCUUCUCUGUGCUGAGCAGCCUGGUCCACCUGGACAUCUCCAACAACCCUCACCUGUUCUCUCUGAGCAAGUACACCUUUGCCAACACCAGCUCUCUGAGGCACCUGGACCUCAGAAACACCGGCUUGCAGACCUUGGACCCCACUGCCUUCCACAGCCUCGUAACCCUGCAGACCCUGUAUCUGAGCGGAAACCCCUGGAAGUGCAACUGCUCUUUCCUGGACUUCACCGUCUACCUGCUAGUGUCCCAUCUGAACCAUCCAGAUGAUGACAAUGCCACGUGCGUGGAGCCCACAGAGCUGGCAGGAUGGCCCGUCACGCGGGCGGGGAACCCGCUCCGGUACAUGUGCAUCACGCACCUGGACCGCCAAGACUACAUCUUCCUGCUGCUCGUUGGCUUCUGCAUCUUCUCCGCAGGCACUGUGGCUGCCUGGCUCACGGGCAUGUGUGCCGUGCUCUACCAGAACGCCCGCCGCAAGGCCAGCGAGGACAAGGCCGAGGACGAGCACGGGCAGAGGCCGGAGGUCAGCAGGCCCAUUUUCCAAAGCAGAGCUGACUCGGCCCAGGAUGGGCUCCCUCGGCAGAUCUAG